GCUCGCCGCCCGCCGUCGCCGCCCGCGUCCCAGCCCCGGAGCUCUGCUGGGCACACCGAGCUCAGCACCAGGCGCCCCCCAACCUGCCCAGCCCCCAGCCCACCAGCCCAGCCCAGUCCAGGGGAGCCAGCCGGCCUGGGGUUCGGUCCCGGGGGGAGGGGAGUUUCGGGGGUACCGGGCGGGGGAGUCGUGAGCCAGAGGGGAGGGGGCCGCGGGUUUUCAUGUACCCAGCAUGAGCUCCUACUUCGUCAACCCCCUGUUCUCCAAAUACAAAGGCGGCGAGUCCCUGGAACCGGCCUAUUACGACUGCCGGUUCCCUCAGAGCGUGGGCAGGAGCCAUGCGCUGGUGUACGGGCCCGGCGGCUCGGCGCCCGGCUUCCAGCACGCUUCGCACCACGUCCAAGACUUCUUCCACCACGGCACCUCCGGCAUCUCCAACUCAGGCUACCAGCAGAACCCAUGCUCGCUUAGCUGCCACGGAGACGCCUCCAAAUUCUAUGGCUACGAGGCGCUCCCCAGACAGUCCCUUUAUGGGGCUCAGCAAGAGGCGAGCGUGGUGCAAUAUCCCGACUGUAAAUCCUCCGCCAACACUAACAGUAGCGAAGGACAAGGCCACUUAAAUCAAAACUCGUCUCCCAGCCUCAUGUUUCCAUGGAUGAGACCCCACGCUCCGGGGCGUCGCAGCGGAAGGCAAACUUACAGCCGGUAUCAGACCUUGGAACUAGAAAAGGAGUUUCUCUUUAAUCCUUAUUUGACACGAAAGCGCCGGAUUGAAGUCUCUCAUGCCCUGGGACUGACUGAGAGACAAGUGAAGAUCUGGUUCCAGAACCGAAGGAUGAAGUGGAAAAAGGAGAACAACAAGGAUAAACUGCCUGGAGCCCGAGAUGAGGAGAAGGUAGAGGAAGAAGGAAACGAGGAAGAAGAGAAAGAAGAGGAGGAAAAGGAAGAAAACAAGGACUAAGCAAAAAAGAGAGAUCCCCCCCCUUUUAGCAACUCCCUUGAAGUUUCGUUUUAUGGUAGCAGAUAAAUUGAGAAGUUUACGACUGUCAUUUGCUUUUAUAGGGAAUAGAAUGACACUCACAACUCUAACUACCUGUCAGAUACUUGCAGCUCUGGUUUUAUUACCUUUGGACUUCCCCCACUCUUUAUUUGUUUGGGGGCUGGAAGGGGGAGGCUGAGACAUGGUAAAAAAUUCGGACUCUGUCUCACUCCUUGCCCCAACACACACACUUGUCCCUACCCCCACCCUUCUGAGUCCUUCCUGGAUUUUAAGGUCUGAGACCUGGCCUCCUUGCUCCCUCUCUCUACCCCUUGCCACACUCCCACCUCCCUGCUACUCUGAUAUUUAUUUUAGAGGAGAGCCCCCUCAAAAUGUGGAAGAGAACUUGUAGCUUUGUUUUUAUGCUAGAAUUAGUGUACUAGAUUUACUUUUUUUAAAAGGAAAGGAAAGGAAAAAUGAAAGGAAGGAAAGGAAAGAAAAAAAAUUUAAAAAUAAGGAAAAGAUAGCAAGGAAUAUCCCCACCCCCUUCCUGGGGCUCUCUGCUUAGAAAAACCCCCUUGGCUUUCUCUAGGAACCUGAUGGAAACCUGAAGGAGAUGUGGGUCUCUCCCCUGCCCUUCUUUCCAUGGGUAGAUGGAACCCUGCAGUCCCCUCUAAAAUCCUACCUAGCCAUCCCAUGGUCUGUGGGGCCCAUGCCUUCUUCUCCUUCGUGGUUUGAUUUCUGUUCCGUUGGGCCCAGCUUCUUCUGAGCUGCAUUAGUAUUAGCGCUCAGAAAUCACCAUAAUCAUGAAAAUAAUAAUAAUACUGAUAAUAAAUAUUUAACAUACUACCUAAAGGGAACCUGCAAUAAUCUUGAAAAAGAAAAAGAGAAAUUAAAAAAAAAAUCCUACUAUAGGAGAAAAAAAGAGAAAAAAUGAAAA